AAGGACUGAGAUUGUGAGAACUUGGGAAGGAUGCCGGAGUCUGUGUGGCACGUGGGAUUUCUCACUAAAGCGUGCGCGGCGGCUACUUUCCUCUGCGGGCUGUACAUAAUCAUAACAGUGUUUUUAACUUCAGACUCUGAAACCAAUAAGUACAUAAACUACCGCCACAGGCAAUUGUUUUUUGAUUUAAACAAUUCACUGACAUUCAAUUUUACUGAAGGAAUAACCGUACUAGACCUGUUAAAAUUCUACAGCAAUGCAACAGCAGAAACGGACAUAGUUGAACUCAUGUUUACGAAUAAAGCUCUAGAGCCAUGUCCCGAGACGUCUCCACUUUUAGUGGGUCCAAUGCAGGUUGAAUUUUCUCAGCCCAUGACUUUGGAUCAGGUGCGUACGGAAAAUCCACAACUUGUUUUGGGAGGCCGGUAUAAACCGAGAAACUGUGUGGCUGUUCAAAAAGUGGCCAUAAUCAUCCCAUUCAGAAACAGAGAUGAACACCUAAAGUAUUGGCUCCACUACCUCCAUCCUAUCCUACAGAGACAGCAGCUCGAUUAUGGGAUUUAUAUCAUACAACAGGACGGGCAGAGCACGUUCAACAGGGCGAAACUGCUGAAUGUGGGAUAUGCAGAAGCAGUAAAGGAAUACGAUUACAACUGUUUCGUGUUCAGUGAUGUAGACAUCGUCCCAAUUGACGACCGCAAUACAUACAUGUGCUCCAGCCAGCCGCGCCACCUUUCUGUGUCCAUGGACAAAUUUGGUUUUAGAUUGCCGUAUUUGAAUUAUUUUGGGGGGGUGUCUGCAAUGAGCAAACAUCAGUUUUUAAAGAUCAAUGGCUUUCCCAAUAACUACUGGGGCUGGGGAGGAGAGGAUGAUGACAUCUUUAACAGGCUUAAACUUCGAGGCAUGAAAAUAUCAAGGCCGAGUGGAGACAUCGGUAAAUGCAGAAUGAUCCGUCACAACAGAGACCAGAAAAAUGAGCCAAACCCACAAAGGUUUAAUAGAAUCGCCCAGACAAAGAGGACAAUAAACAAAGAUGGCAUCAAUACCCUCAAGUACAAAGUCAUACAGAUAGAAAAAGACAAGCUCUACACCAAAAUCACGGUGGACAUAAGCGAGCCAUGAGACAUCUGGAGCUAAGAGACUUUUAGCUUGCUUUCACUUUUCAGUGAAA